CAUUGAUCGCGCUCCGCAGAGCGGCCGCGGCGGGCGGGGCGCGGGGCUCGGUUCGGCUCCGCUCGGCUCGGUUCGGCUCCGCUCGGCUUCACUCGGCUCCGCUCCGCUCCGCUCCUCUCGGCUCGGCCCGCCCCGGCCCGCCCCGCUGUAAGGGGCGAGCGGCCGGGGCCGGGGCCAGCAGUACGGACCUGAUCUGGAGCUGGGAUCUUCCCCAGGCCCCGUCCUGAGCCUGCGGCGGGGCCCGAGCGGUGAAAGGGUCCCUGGGCCUGUCCAGUGCCAAAGAUGUUCCCGCAGAACCGACCGCCGGCCCACCUCCAGGCCCCCUCUGCUGCCUCAGGAGCCGCUGUCACUGCCAGUGCCAUCCCCAGCACCCCCCAGUCCCUCAAGCUGACGUACCCAGAGACCUUGGACCGCAUCAAGGAGGAGUUCCAGUUCCUGCAGAACCAAUACCACAGCUUGAAGUUAGAAUGUGAAAAGCUGGCAACAGAAAAAACAGAAAUCCAGCGUCAUUAUGUCAUGUACUACGAGAUGUCCUACGGCCUGAACAUUGAGAUGCACAAACAGACGGAGAUCGCCAAGCGGCUCAACGUGAUCUGUGCGCAGCUCAUCCCGUUCCUGUCUCAGGAGCACCAGCAGCAGGUGGUCCAGGCUGUGGAACGAGCGAAGCAGGUGACUAUGACCGACCUGAACGCGGCCAUCGGGCACCAGCUCCAGACCCAGCACCUCUCACACCACGCUCCCCCCAUCCCGCUGACCCCCCACCCCUCUGGGAUGCAGCCUGCCAGCCUCGCUGGCAUCAGCAGUGCCUCAGGGCUGCUGGCACUCUCGGGGGCUCUGGGGGCCCAGGCCCAGCUCCUCGCCAAAGAUGACAGAGGAGUCCACGACACCGAGUCCAGGGCGACAGAGCGAGACCCCGGCCCUAGCUCCCUGGUGCUGCCCAACGGGGAACGGGCACGAGCCAUCUCCGAGUACCUGAGCAGCAGCAAGAAGAGGAAGGUGGAGGAGAAGGACUUCACCACAGACUAUGGCAGUGAUGCAGACAAGAGUGAAGACAACUUGGUGGUGGAUGAGGACCCCUCUUCCCCGCACAGCGUCCACUCCUACUCGUCCCGGGAGAACGGGGUGGAGAAGGUUCCAGUCGGGAGGAAGGAGGCUGUGCCACUCAGCCCGACCUCCAUGGCCUCCUCCAGCAGCACGUCCCCAUCUCGGGGCAAGGACGUGCCCACGGUGGAGAAGGCAGGGACACCCAGCCUCAAGGCCAGCACUCCAACCUCCCAGGGCGAUGCUGCAGCCGCAGGCUCCAGCAGUGCCCAGCAGUUUCGCCCCACUGCUGCCAAGGCUCCUGUGGACCCUCUGGCCCUGGGCCUGAGGAACCCUUUGGGAGUGCAGAGCCCUUACUCGGCCGCCUUCGGCAUGGCACACCCUGCCGUUAACGGGGACAUGGCUGGCACCGGCGCCUACGCCAGCCUCCACCUCAUGUCCCCGCAGCUCAACGGGGCCGCGGCCGCCGUGGGAGCUGGCAGCUAUGGACGUUCCCCCCUGGUGGGCUACGACCCUCACCCCCACAUGCGCGUCCCGGGGCUGGCAGCUGGCAUGCAAGUGGGGACAACAGGGAAACCUGCCUACUCCUUCCACGUCAGCGCCGACGGGCAGAUGCAGCCGGUGCCCUUCCCGCCCGAUGCCCUCAUCGGCUCGGGCAUCCCCCGGCACGCUCGGCAGCUGCACACCCUGAGCCACGGCGAGGUGGUCUGCGCCGUCACCAUCAGCAACUCCACGCGGCACGUCUACACCGGGGGCAAGGGCUGCGUGAAGGUGUGGGACGUGGGGCAGCCGGGCACCAAGACGGCCGUGGCUCAGCUGGACUGCCUGAACCGCGACAACUACAUCCGCUCCUGCAAGCUGCUGCCCGACGGCCGCAGCCUGAUCGUGGGCGGGGAGGCCAGCACCCUCUCCAUCUGGGACCUGGCAGCGCCCACGCCCCGCAUCAAGGCCGAGCUCACCUCCUCUGCCCCUGCCUGCUAUGCCCUGGCCAUCAGCCCCGACGCCAAAGUCUGCUUCUCCUGCUGCAGCGACGGCAACAUCGUGGUGUGGGACCUGCAGAACCAGACCCUGGUCAGGCAGUUCCAGGGCCACACAGAUGGUGCCAGCUGCAUUGACAUCUCCAACGAUGGCACCAAGCUGUGGACUGGAGGCCUGGACAACACCGUGCGGUGCUGGGACCUGCGGGAAGGGCGCCAGCUGCAGCAGCACGACUUCAGCUCCCAGAUCUUCUCCCUGGGCUACUGCCCGACAGGAGAGUGGUUGGCAGUGGGCAUGGAGAGCAGCAACGUGGAGAUCCUGCACGUCAGCAAACCAGACAAGUACCAGCUGCACCUCCACGAGAGCUGUGUCCUCUCCCUCAAGUUCGCCUCCUGCGGGAAGUGGUUCGUGAGCACGGGCAAGGACAACCUGCUCAAUGCCUGGCGGACACCCUACGGAGCCAGCAUCUUCCAGUCAAAGGAGACCUCCUCUGUCCUCAGCUGCGACGUCUCCACGGAUGAUCAGUUCAUUGUCACAGGCUCGGGGGAUAAGAAAGCCACAGUCUAUGAGGUCAUUUACUGAGCACGACAGAGGUGCCAGCUGCAGGGAGGGCACACACCAGGUGGCCAGGUGCAGAGGUCCACGUGGCUGGAGGAGUGGACUCUACCUUGCCCUGCUGCCCACUUCCCAAGGAACGCACGGCCUGGGGCCAGGACAUCCAAGCUGGAGGAGAGCAAGGAGGGGGUGGAGGUGGCCCUGGGCCCACAGCCAAGCCUCAAGCUGGGCUGGGAGGUGGCAGCUGCUGCUCAGGGUGGAUUUCCUGGGGACUUUCUCCUUGGUUUUGUUCUUUAUUUGUGGGUUGGUUUCUAAAUCUGGGCUGGGGGGAGGGGGGGGUUAGGUGGAUCUGGCCUCGUGAGGAGAUUUUUGGUUGGUUUGUUGAUUUUGAACUUUUUUUUUUUUUUUUUUUGCUGGGGGUUGGGUUUGGCUUUUUUUAAUUUUAUUUUUGUUUGGGUUGUUGUUGUUGUUUGGUUUGGUUUGGUUUAGGGCUCUGGGUCAGGCUGGGGAGGGUGACUUCUGCCCUCAGCUCCCUCUCUGCCUCCCAGAGUGUAUUUAAUAAUAAAAACAAAACAAAACAAAGCAAAGCACAA